UUGUGUUUACUUGCUUUUCUUGAGAUUUAUCCCCUCAAGAUGUUGAGCACCAUUGCAGGCCGGAUGUUUGGAGACGUGGAGACUCCAAAUUAUGAGGUUAUUAGUAAAACUGAUGUGUAUGAAGAAAGAAAGUAUGCUGCUGCUAAGUGGGCGGUCACAAAGGUAGAAGGAAAGAAGUUUAAGGACUCGUCCAGCGAGGGAUUCAUGAAGCUCUUCAAGUACAUCACAGGAACAAACGAAACAGGUAAAAAGGUAUCAAUGACAGCUCCUGUGUGCUUCUUUUGCCAGCCUGGUGACGCUGACUGGAAUACAAUGAAACAGGUUUACAAUGUUGGGUUUUUACUUCCUAAGAAGAAUGUGGAUGACCCACCAAAGCCAAAGGAUGAUGAUAUCACCUUCCGGAACACUCCAGAAGCCACCAUGUAUGUGAGAAAAUUUGGUGGUUACGCUGGCGAGAAAGAGAUCAUCCAAGAAAUCCAGAAACUCCGAGCCGCCCUGUCCGAGGACCAGUACAAGGAUGGAUGUUUCUAUUUUUGUGGUUACGAUCCACCCAUGAAACCAGUCGGUAGAACUAAUGAGGUCUGGCUUAUUAAGGUUUAGACUAGAAGCAUAUUGGCCCUACUGCAAAUACAUGUACUGUAUUCAAUGGUAUAGUCCGUUGAUCAGUUUCUUUUUUUCUUUUUUUUCUAGAUAAAAGCUCUCAAGACACACCUGAAAUAAUCUUGCAUAUAGGCUAUCAUUAUUUGGCAAGUAAA